UUGGUAUAGGGUACAGAAAUCAGAAACCGAAAUCAAGAAUUGAAAUCACUUUUGGAAUCUCCUGUUUUUCUUCUCUUCUUCAUCGAUCGCCUCAUCGACCCUCUUCGCCGUUCUUGCUUUCUUUCGUCUUUAAUGGUCACCCCCUUCUGAACUCUCUCGUCUUCCUUUCUUCUUCCUCUUCCCACUUGUUCUAAUUUUGUUCUCUUCUGGCGCGGUCGAAAUCACUGCUGAAGCUCUGAGCCCUCGAGUGCUUCUGCUCGUACUUGUUAUCCCAGCAACAGCUUCCAGAAAAAAUGCUGCUUCCACGACAGCAAUCACAGUCGGGCACACUGCAAACUUCAUUUUCCCUAGUGCCAGCAGAUGGACGCAUACCUCAAGAGGAACCCAGAUCAAAUUCUGGUCAAGUUCGGGAGUCCCCUACAGAGAGUGCCAGUUCUAGAGAAACUUGGCCUAAUGUUGAAGCCAUGUUGGCAAAGAAAAUGGAAGGUGGGAAGACAGAGAAUGAUAAUGCUGAACAUUCAGUUGUUCACCGUCUUUCCAGUGCUGAUAAGAUAUCUCUCAGGGAUAUUGCAAGGGAGAGAGUAGAUUUAAUCGCCGAAAAGAUGCAUCGUUUGCCCAAUGAGUUUCUUGAAGAGUUGAAAACUGGGCUUCGAGUUAUCCUUGAUGGUAAUGGUGGUUCACAGCAAAGAGAGGAGAUUUUCAUUUUGCAGAAGCUUGUUCAGAAUAGAACUGAUUUAACAGCUAAGACUCUACUUAUAGCCAAUCGGGUGCAACUUGAGAUUCUUGUUGCAAUAAAUACUGGAAUUCAGGCAUUCUUGCACCCAAAUAUUACCCUCCCACAGACUACCCUAAUUGAGAUCUUUGUGUACAAGAGGUGUAGGAACAUAGCAUGUCAGAAUCAGUUGCCAGCUGAUGACUGUACAUGUGAACUAUGCUCCAACAGAAAUGGUUUCUGCAAUCUUUGCAUGUGUGUAAUAUGUAAUAAGUUUGAUUUUGAAGUAAAUACCUGUCGUUGGAUUGGUUGUGAUCUGUGCUCUCACUGGACUCACACGGAUUGCGCCAUUCGUGAUGGACAAAUUUGUAUGGGUGCAUCUGUUAAGAGUGCACCUGGGCAAACUGAAAUGCUUUUCAGGUGCCAAGCCUGCAAUAGAAUGUCAGAGCUGCUGGGUUGGGUUAAGGAUGUUUUCCAGCACUGUGCACCUGCAUGGGAUCUGGAGGCUUUGACAAGGGAACUUGACUAUGUUAGUAGAAUAUUUCGUGGAAGUGAGGACACCAGAGGAAGGAAGCUUUUCUGGAAGUGUGAAGAUCUCAAAGAAAAAAUGAAAAAUGGGGUUGUGGACUCUUCAGUGGCAUGCAGAACUAUAUUGGCAUUUUUCCAAGAACUUGAGUUAGACUCCCCAAGAAGCAUGGAAAAUGGGGAAGGUGGACGACUGGUAGCCCCACAGGAGGCUUGCACCCGCAUUGCCGAUGUGGUACAGGAGGCCAUACGAAAAAUGGAAAUAGUGGCUGAUGAGAAAAAGAGGAGAUACAAAAAAGCACGAAUGGAUGUGGAGGCAUUUGAGCGAGAGGUUGAGGACAAGACCAGGGAAGCAGCAGAAUUAAAGCUGGAGAAACAGAGAAAAAAGCUACAGAUUGAAGAGCUGGAGAAAAUUGUGAGGCUUAAACUUGCAGAAGCUGACAUGUUCCAACUUAAGGCAAAUGAGGCAAAACGAGAGGCUGAGAGGCUCCAGAUGAUUGCUCUCGCCAAAUCUGAAAAAUCCGAAGAAGACUAUGCUAGCAGUUAUCUAAAACAACGGUUAAAAGAGGCUGAGGCAGAGAAACAAUUUUUGUUAGAGAAGAUUAAGCUGCAGGAAAGUUUUCGUUCACAGAGCAGUGGUGGGGCAGAUCAGUCCUAGAUCCUUAUUCCAUAUACAUUUCCAAAUGCCAUUCUGUAUCAUGACUGUAUCGUACCGCAUACCAGCUUAAUGAUGGUCAUCCUUUGAAGAAUUAUACUUGAAGAAUAUACAUACUUUAUAGGAAGAUGCCGUAAGGUUGACUGGAAUUAACUAUGUAUCUGUUUGGGGGACUGUAAUGUUGUCUUAUUUUUUUCAUCUAUAGAACAUUGUUUAGAUAUCAACAAGGGCCUAACCUAUUAAGGCAUUUGAAACUAUCAAGGGAUUCUAUAAUGGUAGUAAGCCCUGGUAAUCCAGCCCUGGUAAUCCUGGGUUUCAUUUCAUUUAUGUAAGAUGAUAUACUAAUUUGUCUUUGAUUA